AUGACUGACACAAACAACGACCGUAUCACCGUCGAGUGGACCAACACACCGGAUGGUGCCGCCAAGCAGUUCCGUCGUGAAUGGUUCCAGGGAGACGGAAUGGUCCGUCACAAGAACUUGCCCAUCGAGUACAACCCAUAG